AUGAAGGAGGGAAGUCAUGAUCAUGAUGGUGGCUCCGGCGACCAUGAUGACGGCUCCGUAAGCCCACCCCGUGAACCCUACCUCCCGCAAAUCAUCCCGACCUCGCGUCCCUCCCGUGCGUCGCCGGGCCGCCCUCACUUCCGAGCGCGCUACCGCCAGCCUCCUCCCCACCACGCCACCAACCGGCCUCCUUCCAGCGCGCCUCCGGCCAGCCUCUCCCCGAGCACGUCGCUGCCUGGCCUCCUCCCCGAGCGCGCCGCUGACGGGCCUCCUCCCCGAGCGCGCCGCCUCCGGGCCUCCUUCCCACCACGCCGCCGCCCGGCCUCCUCCCCACAGCGCCGCUGCCCGACCUCCUCCCCACCGCGCUGCCGCCCGGCCUCCUCCAAGCGCGCCUACAGGCGGCCUCUCCCCCACCGCGCCGCCGCCAGGCCUUCUCCCAACCACGCCACGCUGGCUGCCUUCUCCCCGAGCGCGCCGCCUCCCGGCCUUCUCCCCAUCGCCGACAGCUUCUUCGUGCUUCUUCGGCCACCUCCCUUCCUCCAACCUCCCGCAUCUCGCACUGCCCACAGAACAAUGCCAUCUCGCGGUGGGGAUCCGCCGCCGGAGCGCCCUGUCCAUUCACAGCCACCACUCCAGGCCGUUCAAUGCCACCACCCGAACCGAUUCACCACCUCCCUCCGCUGCCCCUCCAAUGUUUGUUGGUGUAGCCAGCGGCGCUCUGCCCCUCUUCUGCUUACCCUGUCCAUCUCCGCAACUCCUCGCAGUAUUCGGCUGGAUCAUGCUGGAGAUUCCUCACAGACUGCCUGUGUUUGUAAAUUGUGAUUUGUUGUGGUCAGGGCAUGACGAGGAUACUACUGACAUUGAUCCCACA